AUGAACAUACAGUUUGCAGCAGCUGGAGGUACCAUUGGAAAGGAAGUCAAUGGCAGUUCGAAGGCCGACGAAGAAAUGUCCUUACCGAAGGCCGAUGAACCAUAUAUUGAUAAGGCUACACAGACUAUUAUAGAAGGAUGCUAUGAAGAUGACCCUAGAUUUACGUAUCCCACCAAACUUGAGACUACUGAAAAUGGUAAGAUCAAAAGAAAUUCAUUUGCAUGUGUAUGUUGCCAUUCUUUGAAGCAAAAAUGCGAGCCUUCCGACACUAAUGAUAUCUAUAGGAAGCCUUGCCAAAGGUGUCUGAAACAUAAGAAGUUGUGCAAAUUCGACCUUUCGAAGAGGACGAGGAAAAGGAAACCUAGGUCAAGAUCCCCUACAUCUUUUGAAUCUCCAAUGGUGAAUAUAUCUACCAAAAGCAAAUUCCCAACGGAUUCAGAGGAAUCGAGCUUAAAGGAUACCACAUCUUAUCUCACAUCUUUCCCUCCCGACUCGAAUAGUAAACAGAUUCUAAACGCUCGAACAGUUUUACCUGGACUUCAACAAAGUUUGUCAGACCUUUGGUCAACAAUAAGCCAACCGCCUUCAGAUAGAGUAAAGGACGCCGAAACAACGUCUAAUGGGGACGUAAUCACCAAUGAUCUGGCCAAAUCUGGUAAAAUUAUUCCCACAAAUCCAGCACUCUUGGGAUCUACCAAUGAGCAUACAAAUAACGGUAGUGCGCCGAUAAUAUACAGUUCCCAUAAUUCUCCCAUACCGAUUGCUUCUGUCCUUACCAAAGUCCACGGCAAAGUACCGUUAAGACCUGAAGCCAAUGCUAUGGGCGAAAAAGAAAUUCAUAAUGGCAGAGUAAAAAGACAAAAAAAGUCAUAUUCUAGGCACAUGACUCGGUCAUUCAGAAAGCAGCUGCAAUCACUAAUCGUUUCUCAAAAAGGUAAAAUUAGAGAUAUUUCGAUGAAGCUCGAUACCUGGUCAAAGCAAUGGAAUGACCUUGUUGAAAGAAGCAUGUUUUUACCGACAAUAGCGGACCCUGUAUCGGUAGGAAUCAUAUCUCAUGAAGAAGCUACGCUACGGUUGCAUCUUUACAAGACUGAAAUUUCAUAUUUGUCGAAGUUGCCAUUUAUAAGGGUCGAAGAAAAUGUUAGCGUUGAUGAAUUAAGAAAGAGGAAGCCUAUUUUAUUUUCUGUCAUCAUGUCAUGUGUUUCAAUUGUAUUAAUGCCGAAACAAACAACCAGAGGAACAAUAAUGAAGCUUGAUAGUUUUGUGUUAAAUUUAAUUACAAAUCAGAUUUUCAAGGCCAAUAAUAAAUCCAUUGAAAUUAUCGAGUCGCUUUCUACACUGUGUUUAUGGUAUAAUUUCUUCGAAUGGUCGAGCAAAACACGGUACCACAUAUUUAACUACAUUUGUUGCUGUUUAACUAGGGAUUUGGGGCCUACGUAUGUCAACAGAUCCUUUGGUAUGUUUAGUGAUGAAGAUCCCAACAGAUUCAAGUCGCCUUUGGAACUUUACAGCAAUGGUGCCAGUUUAACUUUAUUGGUGUAUAUUUCAGCACUAAACAUUUCAAUUUUUCUGCGUCAAUCAAUACAAGCUCGUUGGAAUCACGUCACUGAAAAGGCUUGCCAGGAUUUAAUCAAAGAAACAAGAGAAUCACGAGAGGAUAAGAUACUGUUCGACGCGGCUGAUGAUCCUAUCUUAGUUCAAUUUGCUAAAAUGAACCACGUUUUAGAAAACAUUCAUACUCACUUACACGAGAGAGAUUUAAAUGAUGAUGAGUUUGAUGAUCCUGUUUUCACUAAAAACUAUCUCAACAAGCUGAUGGAAAAGUAUCACAAGCAAUUACAGCAGAUUUUCACCAAGCUUGAUAGAAACAGGCCGAGAGUUAUUGCAUUUUAUUACUCUGUAGAAGCCUAUCUAUAUCAGUACAAACUUGCUGUGUUUAUCGGGGAAAUGUCCCAUAGCAUAAACGAAAAAGUCGAACUACCCAAGGAAAUACUGGAAGAUUUUGUCAAAUGCUACCAUUGCUGUAAAUAUGCCCUUGAAGAGUUUUCCAAAUUGGAACCAAUUCUAAUUACUUCUUUACCUUUAUUUCAUACUUCUAGAAUCAUAUACACGGUCGGUAUGCUCCUAUUAAAAUUACGUUACUCUGUAGUUGCCAUACCUUCAUUUCAUGAUCUCAUGCCAUUAACGGAUGAUGCGAUUGCCUUGGUAAUAAGGGUGAACAAUCUUUUGGAAAAAACAUCGGAGCUAUACCCGUUCAAUAACUCUCUCUACAAAUUUAGGUACGUCAUCGCGUUGUUUUGCCAGACCUACGCAAACAAGGUUAUCGACGUUGCUGAUCGCUACAAUGCGGAUAGAGAGAGACAAAAGCAAAAGGAAAUCAUAAAGGAAGUGAGUAAUGAUGAUGAAACCACGAAGCAAAUGAAUGCGUAUGAAAUAGAACUGCAAAAGUUGCCAAAAGGUCCUAUCACCGAAAAUAAUGCAAGUCAAAGCAUACCCGCAGUUCCAGAUGAAAUGCUGCCAGUAUACUCAAAAGUUCAUGACAAUAAUGCCGCUGUGGAUUUGAAUAUCAAUAGCACUUCUUACAUGAACGAGUCCCCACAAGAACACAGAGAGAGUCUGACAGGAUCAAUUCCAUUGCACCCGCCAUUCAUUUCAAAUAGUAAAGUAACAAAUUCCACUGAUUCAACUAAUAUGAAACCAUCGCCUAGUUCAUCAGUUGAUAAUUUAAACGAUUACUUAACGGAUAUUAAUUCCCUAGCAUGGGGUGUCAAUUCAUUGAAUGACGAGUUUUGGACAGAUCUUUUCAUGAAUGACAUUUAA